AUGCCACCGCCAAUUAACCACAGGGCUGGCAAUGAGCCCCCGGAGGAGAUCACCACGGAAGCCGCCAAGGGCUUCAUGACGGGCGUAUUCCGCUUUGGCUCCGUCUCAAUCCUCGCGCAUAUGAUCAUGAUCCUCCCCCACCCCUUCACCUUUACCGCGCCAACACCUCCCACCACCGCCGAAUCCCAACCCCGUCCACGCCCAUCACCGUUCUCCCGCGAAUAUCUGCGUUCGCGCCUCUUCUACAAACCAAUCGAAGGGUUCUCCGAGUGGCUCUCCCCGGCGUCCCGGGUCUACCGCGGUCUGACACCGCAAUUCAAAGUGUUUUUGCAGAUCGCCGUGAUGACCCUUGGAGGCUGCAUCUGGGCGGAGAGACGUGUCAAUGAGUAUAUCGAGCUGAUGAGGCGGGUCAAGCGAGCCGAGCGUCUUCAGGCGCAGUGGGAGCAGGGACCCGGCCGGUAG